AUGAAUUAUAUCACAAAGAAAGUGGGGCUCCUACUCCUCCUCCCUAGCAUUGCUGCCAGCAACACACUCAAAAACGAAGCCCGACUCCAAUACAACGAAACCCUAAACUCAGCCAAACCCGGAAUCCUCUCUACCCGCGACCUCUUCGGCCUCACCAGCCGGGACUACUACGAAUGUGACCCAGAUUACAGUGAAUGCGCCUACGAUACAUCGCGCUGCUGCCCAACGGGUUCCGGAUGCUGUGGAGACGGGUACUGCGCGGAAGCUGACGAGAUCUGCUGCAGCUCAGGUACUUGUCCUAGUGGAUGGGAUUGCUGCGGUAAUGGGAACUGCUCACCGAAAGACGGGGAGUGCUGCAGUGACGGGCAAUACUGUCUUUCUGGGUAUAGCUGUAUGAUUUACGAUGGGGAAAAGGUGUGUUGCCCUGAGUCGGGAUGUGUGGGGAAUUAUGAUUCUGUGGAAUUGGGAAGCACGACUACGGCUAUUAUGGGUGUUACCACGACGAUGCCUGUGACUACUCCAGUUCCGAUAACGGAGACCUACUAUUAUUACUCGUACUAUUAUACGACUUACUACUGGACUUACUGGUGGUACUUCUGGACCUCCUACUAUCCCUAUGCAGUGAAGACAGUCACUUCCACCGAAACCACCACCGGGACUGUUUAUUCCGCCUAUGCAACGGACAGCGCAGAGGCGAUCUCUUCCUUGGAGUAUAGCAUUUCUGUUUAUUCAUUCACACCGCCGGCCACCGCUACUUCACUGAAGAGCUCUACGGACCCUGUUCCCAUUUCGUCUAUAGCUGGUGCUACUGCGACUUCAGGAUCUUCUUCGGCCAACAAGGGAGGCAGGAUCCUAGGAAUUGGCCCAGCAAGUGUGGUUUCAGCUAGUGGAAAUGUUGCGUUGACGUGUGUUAUCGCGGCAGGUGUGAUUGGUGUUUUGGUUUUUGGACUGUGA